AUGGAGCCCGCCGAACCAGGCUCCGGGGCCGACAACGAGCCCGACGACGCCUUAGUCGCGGCGCCGGACGAAGCCGAGGCGCUGCGCCCCGACGACGAGCUCGAGGCGCUCUACACCUGCACCCCGAACGCGCUCAGCGCGCCCGAGGCGGCGCUCGACCCCGACGCCGACGCCUACGCGGCGCUGAACCUCGAGGACGCGGAGAAGGAGAUCCUGCGGCAGGUCGCGCGGGACGAGGUCGAGGCGCGCCUCGAGGACUGCGGCGCCGAGGACGUCGCGCUCGCGAGUUUGUACGCCGAGUGCCGGCGCUACGAGGCCAUCGAGCGAGAAAGAGUCUCGUCCAUCCUGCGGGGCCUGCGGUCCCAGGGCGCGGCGCUCCGCGAGAUGAUGGACGCGCACCGCGGGGCCGUGCGGGGCUGCGCGGGGCUGCUGCGGCCGUCCGUCGCCGGCGCGCGCGCGCUCGCGCUGUCCGUGGCCAAGGGGUCGCGGGCCAUCGUGCACCGGGCCAUCCGCCACAUGGCCGUGUGCACGACGGUGGGGUCGCGCGCGCGCGCGUCCGUCGUCGACGCCGCGUCCUCCGUGGCGCUGCGCUGCGGCGCGGACGUGGAAUUGCAGCAGACGGCGGCGGGCUUGGUCGCGUGGUUCGCGAACGUCGUCUGCAAGCAGCUCCGGCUGCUGACGACGUUGGCGGUCGUCCGGGCCCGGGGCUUCGACGACGGCGCGGCGGCGGCCGUGGCCGCGGGCUGCGAGGUGCUGAGCUCCGUGCGCCUCGACGGGACGCGCGUGGGCGACGCGGGCGUCGCGGCGCUCGCCGCGGGGUUGCGGUCGACGCUCGGCACGCUCGCGGUCGUCGCGCGCGGCGCGGCGUCGCACCUCGGCGACGUCGGCGUCGCGGCCGUCGCGCGCGUCUGCGCGCCGCGGGCGCCGGGCGGCGCCGCGGCGUCGCUGCCCGCGGAGCUCGCGUUCCUGGAGCGGCGGCGCGACGCCGGCGGGCGCCUGACGUCGCUCGACCUGAGCCGCCACGGGAAACUGACGGACGAGGGCGUGCUCUCCGUGGCCGGCGGCCUCGGGCGCAGGCUCCGCCACCUCGUGCUGAACCGCUGCGGCAACGUCACGGACCUGAGCCCCGUCGCCGUCGCCGACGCCUGCGCGGACCUCGAGAGCCUGGGGCUCGAGGGGUGCGCGCGCGUGUCCGACGUCGGCGCCUUGGCGCUCGCGCGCCACGAGGCGCUGCGCCGCGCGGCCUUCGGGGGCACGCGCGCGGGGCCCGUGGGCGUGUCCGCGCUCCUGGAGAACUGCCCGAGGCUGCGGGCGGCGCCGGGCGGCGGCUGGCGCCUCGCGGACGCGGCGGUGCUCCGGGACAUUUGCGCGCGGCGCGCGCGCUUCGACGCGCCGCUCGCCUACGCGCGCGUCGACGUCGCCGUCGUCGACGGCGCGACGGCGACCCUGGUGGCGCAGCGCUGGGACGACCGGUCGGGCCUCUGCCGCCUGGAGCUCGACGACGCCGCGGGAUUGCGGUUCCCCGACGGCGGCGGCGCGGCCGCGCCCGACCGCGGCGACCUGCGGCUGCUGCCGCCCGACGACGCGCCGCGCGACGACGCGCCGCGGCGCUACGUGCGGCCGGGCGCGCCGCUGGCCACCGUCGACGGGGCGUCCCUCGACGGCCGCGACGCGUUCGACGACCUCGCGGCGGCGGAGCGGCCGCCGCCGCUCGGCGUGCCGACGCGCGCCGCGGCGGCGGCCGCCGCGCUGCGCGCGGCGCGGCCCGGCGCGCGCCUCGGCUUCCUCGCGCUCACGGCCCUCCAGCUCGCCUUCCAGGCCUUCGCGGCCGCGCUCCGCGACCUCGACGACCUGCCCCCGCCCGACGCGGCCGCGCUCGACUCGCCCGCGCUGCUCCGCUUCCUCCUCGACGAGCUCGCGGCCGCCGGCGGGACCGGCGCGCCCCCGCACGGCAACGUCCUCCUCUGGGACGGCGCCGCCGUCGACGUCCUCGCGCCGCUCCUCGUCCGCGCGAUCGACGCGGUCCGCGACGGCUCCCAGGAGCGCCGGCGCCUCCACGAGACCAUCCGCCAGAUCGAACUCCACCCCGCCUCCAUGGGCGCCGCGAGCUCGUUCCCCGCGCAGCUCAGCAAGGCGCAGGCGCAGGCGCUCGCGGGCGACGCCUGGGCGAGCGUCGAGGGCCAGUGGCCGGCGGGCGCCGAGGCCAUCACCCGGGAGGAGCUCGAGGCGCUCGUCGCCACCGACGAGGCGCUGCGCGCCGCCUGCGCCGCCGCGCCGCCGGUCAACGCCAUCGACGAGCAGGUCGUCGGCCCGGGCGCCGCGCCCGCCGCAAACGCGGCGGCGCCGAGCGAGCAGCCCGACGGCGCCGUGGAGCAAAAGGCCAAGGUCGAACUCGCGAAGCGCGCGGAGUUCGACCUCGCCGCGAAGCGGCGCGAGAAGAUCGCCGCGGCCAACGGCGUCGCGCCCGGCGCCGUCGCGGCGACGCCGAGCAAUGCCGCCAAGCCGCCCAAGGCGCCGGGCUCCGCCGCGAAGCGCUCCGCGCACAAGGAGCAGUCCGCGCAACUCCGAAGUCUCCUCAAGGCGCAGCGCCGCGCGGCCAAGGCCGAGGGCCGACCACCCUCGCGCGGCAUGGACGAGGUCGAGUGCAUGCUCUACGUCAAGCCUUCGGACGGCGGCGACGCCGCGCCCCAGGUCAUGACGCUCGGCGGCGACGAGCCACCGGCGGACGGCGCCUCCUUCGACGCCGCGUCGUCCGACGGCGCGCCCUCCGUGGGGCUCCCGGCGCCGUCCGAGGCGCCGGCGGCCGACGAGGCCGCGCCCGUCGAGGUCGACGCGGGCGCGGCCAAGGCGGCCCCGCCCGUCGUCGCGCCGCCGGCCGUCGCCGCGGCCUGA